UUACAUGUUUUGUUUGUGAUUACAUUGUAUAAUGUUCUUUUUGUACUUUUACUAAGUUAUCAUUAUUUUCCACAACUGACACCUCGAAUUUUUUUACCAAUAUUUUAUGAUGGAAGUAAAUCUUUUACAUUUCAUGUGGUUAAGUUAUACUUUUAUUGUGACAUUUAGUGGCUUGAAUGUAUUAUAUUCUAAACAUGUUCCUCAAAUUGUGGUCAGAUUAUAUUCAUUUGGCAAAAUUAACAAAAAUGAAAAACGUAAAAGUAUUUUUAGGUUAAUUGAGGUGCCUAAAAGUUGGUUUUCUCAUUUCUAUGUGUUUGCAUCUUUAUUUCUGCCUUUCGUUACUUUAUCUGUAUAUGGAGCAUAUUUCUAUAAUUAUAAAAGUCCAAUACUUUUGUACUUGCUUGACAAUUUUGGUUCAGUGCAAAGAAACGGCACUGUCAUGCCAGAAUCUGUUACAAUUUUAAGUUUUCUGAUUACUUUUCAAGUUUUGAGACGCUGCUAUGAAUGCUUUUUUAUCUCCGUAUAUUCUGAUUCUAAAAUGAAUCUGUCGCAUUACAUUGUGGGAUUAACUUUCUACUUUGGUGUAGGUUUAUCGCUUGUUCACGACGCUCCUGGUUUUGAGAGAUAUACAUAUAAAUCAAAUGAGGUGUAUGAUUUGCAUGAAUGGUGUACACCUGCCCAUUGCUUUGGUUCUGUUUUGUUUCUUACAGCAUUCCUUUUGCAAUUUGAAACACAUAAAGCAUUUGCAGCUUUACGAAAAUCAGGUGACAAAGUUGUAUCUACCGGCCAUUAUAUUCCUUCAUCUGGUUUUUUUGAAUAUGUGUCCUGUCCCCAUUACUUUGCUGAAAUCAUUAUGUAUUUAGCUGGCAGUGUGAUUUUAGGAGGGAGAAGUUAUACAUGGUGGCUUGUGUGUCUGUGGACUGUAUCGGGUCAAAUUAUGACUGGAUUAAUGAGUCACCAAUGGUAUCAGAAAAAUUUUAAAAACUAUCCUAAAAAGCGAAAAGCUGUCAUUCCAUUUUUACUGUGACAAAAAUUUUUUUUUAUAAAUUUUAUCAACAUUGAAUAAUUUAAUUAUUCUGACCUAUGCCCAGUUAUUCAAUAUUGCAAUUUUGAAUUUGUAUUUAAUGUUGAUUAUUUAGUGGAGUUUUCUCUUAUACUUUAUUCAGACACAAUUAAGGGUUUGGAGCUUAUUAAUAAUGUUUAUUAAAACUUAGGGUGCUAUUUUAAAUCACCUAAACGAUGGAAAAUGGGCCUGGAUGUUCCUUUAAUGAACAUCAUUUUUUGUUUUUGUUUCUUAUUGGAUUAUUGUUAAUAUUAAUUAUAAUUUAUUCAUUGUUACUACACAUUAUAUUAAAAAAUUUUUUUUAGAAGAAUAAAUAAAUAUCACCAUUUGUUUUUAUACAUCAAAUCACUUAAUUGUUUUUUAUUUCAAAAAAAUAAAUGAAUAGAAAAUCUAAUAUUGAGAUAGGCCAUGGUAUAACAAUCAGUAACAUAUUUAAAAAUAAUUUUGAAAAGUUCUUUAUCAAUUUAAACCAUUUAAAACUGAUUUCCUUUUUAUUUGUUUAGCUUUAAAUUUUCCCAACUUAUUUCUAAAUUUGAAUCAAUAUGUUUGAAAAUAGGUCAUCUGCAAUGAAUUUUCCUAUGAAAUGACCUUUUCUUAGGUUCAUUGAUUCAAUUUAAUUCCAUAGUUGCUAAUUUGAUUUCAAUUUUUAAUCCCAUAAAUUAAUCGUGAAUUUCAUGCCUGUAAUUUUUUAUUGCCAAGUUUAGCUCAAAUAUUCAAUGUCUAUCCAUUAUAUUUCUAAUUUUUCUCUCUUUCUAUCCCAUUAAAAAAAAGGACAAUACCAGUACUUAACACUUUUAAUAGCCCUUCUUGAUUUUUUGUAACUUGAGAUAAGGAGUAUAAGAAGAAGUGCAAGUGCAUUUUUAAUAGUGCAGUGAAACCUCUAGAAAAGACCACCUCUUUGUAGUAACCUUCUUAAUAUACGACCAUUUUUGGGAAGCAUGGAGUUUUUUCUGUAGACAUUGUAUUGAAGAAAAACUUUAUGAGAGACCGUCAAAAACUUUUCCAGCGACCGGGCAAACCUCCACACCAAUUGCAAUAGAGGUCAAAUAAGGAAACUUGAAAAUAUAUCAAAA